AUGAAGUUUCAUUUUGAAUAUCAUACAAAAUCACCAAACGAACUAGAAUACAAUAGCAAACGUGUGCAAGAUUUAUUAGAAAAAUGGGGAAUGAGAAGACAUAGUUAUAUAAAAAGAUUUAUAUACGAAGAAUAUUUUGAUUAUGAAAAUGAUGAGCACAAAUUUCUUUUAGAAUUUUUUAAAGAUGAAAAUGUAAGGGAAGAAUUUAAAAUACAAUCUGAUCAAAAUAAUUGGAAAGAAUUACAAGGAGAUAUUUAUGAUGUUGCAUAUGAAAAAGUACCUUGUAAUUUGACUACACUGCAUUUUUUUGAUAGAUUAUAUGAUGCUGCAAUAGUGAGACGAGAGAGUGGAGCAAUAGUUAAAACAUUCCCAACGUAUUUAGAAGAGGACAAUUCAUCACCUAUCAUGAUAACGGAUGAAUUAAGAAAAUUAUUAUUAUUGGUCGAUUCGCCACAUUAUGAUAUAUUUAGUAAGGAUGAUAGAAAUGAAUUCAUGUUUAGGGCAUUUAAGUCAAUUUGUUUAGGAGGAGAUAUGUGUCAAUUUGAGGAUUUUGUUUCGGAAUAUUUUAACAUAUUAAAAAAAAUUUAUAAAGAUUUAAUAUGGUAUGUACGUAUUAAAUAA